GGGGAAAGGGACUGUGUCGUAGUGCGGCGCAUUUAUUUCAACGGGUAGUACUUCGGCUUUAUAAAAUAGGCCUGCCUUGUGCAGAGAGGUUGUGGUUCAAACGCUGACUUGCAGGCUCGCCGUGUGCCUCUCUUUCAGAUAGUGGAUUAUGUGGAGGCGUGUGCGUGAAUUCAACAUCUUUUUCGGACUUUGAAUGCUUCCACUGCACUCUCUUGGUAACUAAAUUUGAAGCUUGCGUGAGGAUGGAGAACAAGGAAGAAUCCAGCUGCAGCUCCGUCAGCGACCUCACCUGGGAGCAGGUGAGCCGGCUGAACGACGUUCUCACAGAGGUGGUCCCGGUCCACGGCCGGGGGAACUUCCCCACCCUGGAGGUGCAGCUGAAGGACAUCGUGGCGCGCGUGCGCUCCCACCUGGAGCUGAGCGGCAUCCGGGUGAAGGACAUCCGGCUCAACGGCUCCACGGCCAGCCACGUGCUGGUGCAGGACAUCGGCUGGAGCUACAAAGACCUGGACUUCAUCUUCCGGGUGGACCUGCCCACCGAGGCCGAGUUCCGGCUGGUCAAAGACGUGGUGCUGGGGAUUCUGCUGGACUUCCUGCCCGAGGGCGUCAACAAGGAGAAGAUCACCCCCAUGACGCUGAAGGAGGCCUACGUUCAGAAACUGGUGAAGGUCAACACAGAGCAGGACCGCUGGAGCCUCAUCUCGCUGUCCAACAACAACGGCCGCAACGUGGAGCUGAAGUUCGUCGACUCGAUACGCCGGCAGUUUGAGUUCAGCGUGGACUCGUUUCAGAUCGUGCUGGACUCCGUCCUGUCCCACUACGAGCAGCAGCAGCAGCCGGCGGCGGCCAUGUCCGAGCAAUUCCACCCGGCCGUCCGAGGCGAGAGCGUGUACGGAGACUUCAACGCCGCGCUCGGGCACCUGCGCAACAAGCUCAUCGCCACCAAGCGGCCCGAGGAGAUCCGCGGCGGCGGCCUGCUCAAGUACUGCAACCUGCUGGUGCGUGACUUCCGGCCGGCCAAUCAGGAGGAGUUCAAGGCCCUGGAGCGCUACAUGUGCUCCCGCUUCUUCAUAGACUUUCCCGACAUCGGAGAGCAGCAGCGCAAGGUGGAGGCCUACCUGAUGAGCCACUUCAUCGGCGAGGAGAAGAGCAAGUACGACUACCUGCAGAUCCUCCGCAAAGUGGUGAACGAGAGCACCGUGUGCCUGAUGGGCCACGAGCGGCGGCAGACGCUGCACCUGCUGUCGCUGAUGGCCUUCCGGGUGCUGGCGGAGCAGAGCGCCAUCCCGGACGCGUCCUGCGUCACCUGUUACUACCAGCCGGCGCCCUACAUCAGAGACCACAACUUCAGCAACUACUAUGUGGCGAAUCAGAACAUUCCAACAUGGCUGCCGUGUAACUGACCAAACGGAAACAGGGUUCCAGCGGGGGCGACCCGGGAAGGCUUGUUUUGGCUGCGGAUGCUGCUUUUCAACAGAGGAGGAGGAGAAGGAAUUGAUUUGGCAUAAAAACAUAUAAAAAAAAAUUAAAAGGGGGAAAAAUGUCUGAAAAAAAUUACCCAGUGGCAAUAAAUGCAAUGUUUCUCUUAAGGCACAUUUUUCAGUGGACAAAUGUUUUGCUUUUUUUUUUUUUUUUGAUUCUUUCUCAUUCCUUUUCUGCAGAGGUGUUAACGUUUUUAAGUGUUAAUUUUUUUUUUUUUGGACUUUUUCUUGGUAUAUGCCUUUAAUCUUAAUGGAGAUGUUUGUGCCUUAACCUAGAGGUAUCAGGUUUACCCCUCCAGAGUUUUGAGUAUGGACUGUUGUUAGAAGAAAAGGGAAAAUGUAAAUGCUGUAGCCUUCAGUUUGGGUUCCUUCUUGUUCGUUAAAAAAAUCAUAAAAAUGCUGAAAAAAAUGAAACAUUAUAUUGGGGAAGAUUUGGGAUGCCCUUACUAAAAGACAGGAAGUAAGGAUUAGAAUCAGCAGUUUGUUUUCAUCUUUGACAAUGUGCCAGCCCUAUACAUGCCAGCAGUGCCUGAUAUUUGUACACAAUGCAAGACUUUAUUACGUAUUAAGAUUUUCCACUGUGAACUUCAGGCCCCUCUCCCCAAACACAGGGUUCAGUUUUCCCAGUUGAGCCUGGCUUGGAGUGGAAAUGUCUCAUCGCUCUCGUUGUUUUUCAUCGUUGCUUUCCCUCUGUUUUUAAGUUGCUUUCAGAAGAAGUUGCGAGUGACCUCUAGUCGCAGUCUGCUCUGGUCGGAUGGCGACCCGUAGCGGGGGAGCGGAGUGACGGGCCAACCGACCGGCUGCUCUUCCCUUAAAAGGCGCCACACGCGGUGGGGCCCUGCAGGGCUUGUCCCUCGCAGGCUCCCUGAAACGCGAUCCUCCUCUGACGCAGCUCGCCGGCCGACUCUCCAGCUAUUAUUAUCCUCCCAGCCCUCCUGGGGACCGGACCGGCCCCGGCAGCCUUACAUGCGUCUGCGCUGAGUCACUUCCUGUCCGACAGAUGCACGCUGCGUUUGAACCCCCUUUUGUGGUCAUGGGAGGAGAGACGGAACGUCUCCCCCUUUCAGACUUGAGUAUUGAUUAAUGUGAAGGCGACAGGCAGGCCCCCCACUCCCCUCACCGGCUGUAAACCUCCACAUUUCUAUUUCCAGCGAACCCUAUUAUUAGCUGUGAACGUUGGAAGCUGAGUGCUCCAGCGUGCCGUCUCUUCCAGAUAUCGCCACAGAGCAGAUGACAGUUGGACUCGCGUCAGCGGCCACGCCCACAUCCACGCGGUUUCUUGGAAGGCAGAUUCCUGCUGCCGCUCGUCUCUGGAGGCAGAUAACCUUAUCAGGCUCGCGUGGUCGAGAAAGACGGGCCUCUCGCCUACAGGUCGCAUGGAGGCCGGCCCCUAUUUAUUUAUUUAUUAUUAUCAUUAUUUUCCCUGCUGUCAGCUCUAGACCAAAGGCAGCUUCACAACCAGCAACUGCAACAAUCAAGUGCCUGUCGCAUGUUUUUUUUGGGGUUUUUUUUUUGGAGAGCUGAAUAUUUUUAAAGGGGUUUUAAUGUUGAUCAGGAGGGAGGAGUGUAUUUUGUUUCUUAAAACUCAACAAAAUUAUAGUAGAAACGUUGCCAUUUAUCUUUUAUGGGUAAAUUCAUACAUUUUUGUCCAGAUUUGUAGUGAGAAUAAUUGGUUUUCUUUUUCAGUCCCAGCUCACCUGUACAGCCGUUCCUGCCGGGCCUUUCAGUCGUUUGGUUUUAUGGUCCGUGUCCGCUCUGUUUUGCCGCCGCCAGCCAGGUGGCUUCAUCCUUCAUCCUCAGAUGCUCCAGGAAAUCUAGUUUGUUCCAUUCGCAGAGGAAAUGUUUCAUAUUUUAUAUCUCUGUUUAGCUGUCAGUCUGGCAUCAGAGCGCCUGCUGACCAGCCAACACUUAGUUUGGUUUCCUGAUCUAAAACUAGCUGAAGUGUUGUGCAGAGACCGUGUACUUCACACCCAACCUCUUGAAAGGCAUGGAGAGCAGCUAAUGUGGCCGCAGUAGAGGGAGUUAAUCAUGUGGGACGCUCUCUGGAUUAAAAUCGUGACUAUUAUUUUAUGUUUCUCACCCCUUUCUUUUAACUCUUGUCCAUAGCAGUCCUCUUCCCUCUCCGAUUUUGCAGCAUUUAAAUGGUGACGAAGUGGGAGACCCCAGAUUUAACUUUGACAUUACUCUGAGGACAGUUUGUGCUUUUUAUCAAUAAAACCGCUUCCCUUUUCAUAUAACAGACCUUUGACUUGAGGGUUCAAGCAGCAGCCUGAAAUCUCUCCACUGUCUGCGUAUAUUCUGUGAAUAAUUGUUCGGCCUAACUCCUGCUCGCCGCUGAGUGCCAGGCCUUUGUUGGCGUCGCUUCUUAACGCUCGUUUUUAAGCGAAGUCAAAGAAAAUGCAUAAAAUUAAAUUUUUGCAUUUUUUGGGUUGAGGAUGAACACAGCCCGGAAUGUUGACCUUGUGCUUUUUUUUUUUUUUGUUGCCGGUCUGCUUUCUCGUGUUUACGGUUGCCGUUGGUGAAAGCUUUCCCACGUAGGAGUCGGGUUUUGUGCCCCUUCCUUAAUGGGGGCUGGUGACACGUCUGGAUGUAGAAACUCUUUGUGAAGGACGCUGUAGGGAGAAUUAAACUAAAUGAGGUUUAUAGGCUGCUUUUUUUUUGUGUGUAAAUGUUUUGGCCCCCACCUUUCUGCUGUAAACUUGUCACUUCAGUGUCACUCCCCUCUCUUUGUUUGGGCCAUUGUUGAUCAGUACAGAGUGUUUUAUCAUUCAACACCUGUAGAUGUAUCGUGUUUUCGGGGGCGGGGGACACACAGAAUAGAUAUUUAGUGAUUCUGCUUGUCUGAAGUGAAAGUCUCAUAAGAAUGUGAUGGGAGGAUCUAAGCUCUCCUACAGUUUCUUUGUAAAGGGUUGUGAAUUUUUUUUUUUUCUUUUUUCCGGCAGAUCUGUGUUUACCUAACUGCGUGGAAGUGUGUGUGAGCGCACGUCAGCGUGUGUGUAUGAAGGGAUGGGUGUGGUGACUUAAAAAUAUAUAAAAAGUGAGGAAAAACAUGAAACUUGUCGCACUUUUUUCUCUCUCUCUCUCUUUGAAAUAGUAAAUGCAGACGAGCAUUUCUGUCCGCUUUGAGAUGGUGACGAUGACUGAUGGUUACGAUGGUACUAUUUCAUUUUUCAGCACUUUUACCUCACUUGAGUUUUCCUUUAUUAUUAUUUUUUUGAACGGAAAACGUAAAUGUACACCAGGAAAGUGUGUUUUGAAGAAGAAAUCAUGAAUAAAAAGAUUUUUAAAUGCA